AUGCCUGUUCUGUACGGACUGGGGAUGAACGUGCGGACCUUAGACCACAAGUACCCCGGGCAGGAGGCGAUGUCAGCCCGGGCAUGCCGGCGGGAGAACCUGGAAUAUCUGCGGAGAAAGUUCGGCAAUGACGACAACGUCAGAGAUGACGAUGACUUCCUCAUGCCUACUGACGAUGAAGACGCGACCGAGGAGCAAAUUCUGAUAAACAUCGAGAGGCAGAAAGAGAUCAUCUCUUCCAUAAGGAAACAGCCGUGGAGAAUGAAGAAGAAAAUCCGCUGUCUAAGGAUGGCACAAGACUAUCUAUCUAGGUACGAGGGCAAACUGUCUAAGAAAAGGGGCUACCAAGAAGCGACAGAAAGGAUAUGGAGGAAAGUGAAGCGAGAGCUGGCCAACUUUGCAUCGUUUUUCAUACCAUGGGAAACUCGGAUCAAAAUGAUAGAAAGUUACUUCGGCUCUGUUGUCGCCUCCUACUUCAUCUUCCUCCGCUGGUUGUUCUGGAUCAACAUCGUCCUGUCCAUCGUCACCAUGUCCUUCGUCGUUCUCCCUGAGAUGAUCGUCGGCCUCCCGUACGGCUCCGUACCCAGAAAAACCGUCCCAGAGCCGGAGUUGGACAGGGCACAGCACAUCGCUACUGUCUGGGACUUCGGCGGCUACCUCAAGCACUCCGUGUUGUUCUACGGAUACUACAGCGACCGGAGGUACUUAGGAAAAGGCGGGUACCAGCUACCACUGGCGUACUUCAUGGUCGGGAUUGGAAGUUUUGUUUACAGUUUUGCAGUCAUUCUUAGAAAAAUGGCAGACAACUCUCGUCAGAGCAAGCUGUCUACCGGCGAAGACCAGUUCACCUUCUGUUGGAAAGUUUUCUGCGGGUGGGACUCCCUGAUCGGCCAACAAGAGACGGCCGACAACAAGUUUGCCGCAAUAACCACCGGACUCAGGGUGUCCAUGGUGGUGUCAAUCAUCACCAUGGUCUUCCCUGUGUUCUUCGACCUGAUUGGUCAGAUGGAGAAGUACCAUCCACGAACCAUGUUACGGAUCAUGGUGCUCAACCUCGGUAACCUGUACACACUGAUGAUCGCACUCUUCAAGAAAGUCAAUAACCUGCAGAACGUCACGGUCGCCGAGCACAUCCAGGACGUCAUCACGGACAUCCUGUCCAACAAGAACCAGACGGACCUCGUGGACGUCCUGACGGCGAGAGCUGGUGUGAAGGAGCAAUGCUGGGAGACUAUCGUCGGACAGGAAAUGUUCAAGCUGUCCGUGUUUGACAUGAUCGCCACGGUAGUCACCACCCUGAUUUUCGACUUCCUGCGGGGGCUGUUUGUGAGGUUUGCUAACUACUGUUGGUGCUGGGAUCUAGAAGGGGGAAUACCCGGAUACGGUGAGUUUGGCGUAGCAGAGAACGUCCUACAUCUAAUUUACAAUCAAGGGAUGAUAUGGAUGGGCGCGUUCUUCUCCCCCUGCCUGCCUCUGCUGAACGUCCUGAAGUUGAUCGCCCUGAUGUACUUCCGGAGCUGGGCAGUCAUCAUGUGCAACACGCCUCACCAGCGGGUCUUCCGCGCCUCCAGGUCCAACAACUUCUACUUCGUCCUGCUGCUCAUCAUGCUGUUUCUCAGCAUGCUCCCAACGGGCUACGUCAUGGUGUCUAUAGAACCUUCCAGGAACUGUGGGCCGUUUAGUGGUCGCCGGCGGAUGUUUGACAUCAUCUCAGAGACGGUGAAGAACAGUUUCCCGGGCUGGUUCACCAUCGUGCUGAGCUACAUGAGUACCGCCGGAGUCAUCAUUCCUGUCAUCAUGCUGCUGGUCAUGGCUAUCUAUUACCUCCAGUCGAUGGUUCACGCGUACAAGGAGGCAAACAACGAUCUUAGAAUGCAGUUGGAAUAUGAAAGAACAGAAGGAAAGAGAAAAGUGUUUGAAAUGUCGGCUGGAAAUAAAAAUAACCAGGACUCUCCCGCAGCAAGAGCGGUGACGAACAGCGGUAACCCGGCGGGGAAGCCUGCCAACCCGGGCACGCCGAGUCACCCCGGCCCCAUCCCUAACGGCAGGGUCCCGUCAGGGGCGUCCACUCUGCCGCCGCGCUUCCACAACCCCGGGCCACGGCCUAACUUUACCGGGAUUCCUUUUAACAGGAGCAUGUCUUCCAAAGUACGCUACAUCCCCGUCAGGAAUUACAUGAAUCCGUACGACGGGAUGAUUCUGACCCCGCCGAUAGCGCCCCCUAGGUUCCGACGGGUGCAGUACACCCCGCAGCCGGGUACAAGGCUCAUGGCGGUACCGACAGCCAACAGGGCGAUGCCAGGAGUGGGGUCGAUAAGACGGUCCUCCACGUGUAGCCGGCAGGGCAGUCGGCCCACCUCCGUCCUGGUUCCCGAGGGGUACGAGCUGGUCCAGGUGCACGUGGACGCCACGGACGACGGGCAGUCCUCACAGGAGACAUCCUUCGUGGACGACGACUUCGACGACACCCGGUCAAACCGUUCUCAGAGCGCCAGUCGGUUGUAGAGAAAAAGUUGUACAUUAAAGACUUACUUGAUCGUUAAUAUGUACAUACUAAACGGAGAAUAUUAACUCCAACAGUGACUGAGUCAUGGCUAUCAUUAUGUAAAUUUCUCAAUGAAAAGAGGUCGGUGAUGUAUGAAAUAAUAAUCCGGUAUGAUCAUAAUUUGUCUAUCUUAUCGUUUUCAAGACGUACGGUCUAGUACAUCACAGACACAUUCGGUAACCACCUUUUUGUCAAUAUAUUGCCGGGAAAUGAAUACAAGAGAGUAGGAGACGCGUAGACGAACAUUGUUCAUGAGACUCGCACAAUCCAAAGCAGCAAUGCAAGAGCGCCCCCCUUCGGAG